GUCAAAUCAUGUUGCCUGUGCUGCUUUUGGGCAUGAUAGGUACGGUGAUUCCUCAGACUUCAGGACCCCUCUACGCAAUUGCUGGAACCACAAGCCCUCGAUCAGACGAUGGAAGUUCUCCUCUAAUUCUCCUGCAACGACCUUUUGUGUAUUUUGGCCGGUCCUAUUCUCAGAUUUAUGUAAACCAAAAUGGACACCUUACCUUUAACAAAGCAUUUUCUAGUUAUAUUCCUCAAAGGUUUCCAAUAUAUGGAACCAGAGACAUCAUCGCUGUAUUCUGGACAGAUUUAGAUAACAGAGUAAAUGGUGAGAUCUACUACAACCAAUACACCAGCGGCAGUGUCCUCCAACAAGCUACACAGGACAUUAAUGGGUAUUUCCCAGGGCUGAACUUCAAUGCCAACUGGGUCUUUGUUGCAACAUGGUAUGAGGUGGCCUACUUUCCAACCACUGGAACACGUACAACUAUCCAAGCUGUCUUGAUCUCUGAUGGCCAGUACUCAUUUGUGAUAAUGAACUAUGGGAUAAUAGCCUUAACAACUCACAAUGUACAGGCUGGAUAUGACACAGAACAAUCACCUCAUCAUUUCACUAUUCCUGGAUCAUUCUCAAACAAUGCAACUGGCAAUUACUCAGCUUUCCGCCUGAGCAGCAACGUCAACGUACCCGGUCGUUGGGCUUUCCGGACAGAUCGUGGAUCAAGAGGCUGCGCUUUCAAUGGUCAACCUGUGCAGCGGGGUGACUCAUUCUGGAGUGACAGUACCUGUGCACAGAAGUGCACCUGUACCUCAGAAGGCCUGGAGUGUCACAGCGAACCCUGCUCCUUUUCCCAAAUCUGCCAGCCUAGUGCCUUUCAGUUCUCCUGUCAGACGGUGCAGAGACGUGCCUGCACCAUAAGUGGCGAUCCACAUUACUAUACCUUCGAUAACACAGUGUUUCACUUCCAGGGCACCUGCACUUAUGUUCUCUCUGAGCAAUGUGGCAAUGGGUUGCCCUACUACAGAGUAGAGGGCAAGAACGAGCACCGUGGCAGCACUCAGGUUUCUUGGACACGACUGGUCAAAGUGUAUGUCAAUAAUGAAACAAUUGAACUUGUCAAGGGACGACGUGGUGAGGCUAAGAUUAAUGGGAAGUUUGCAGCCACUCCGAUCUCCCUUAGCAAUGGCACCGUCCAGGUUUAUGAGUCAGGUUUUUCUGUGAUCAUCAGUACUGACUUUGGCUUGGAGGUGUCUUAUGACACUUAUCAUUAUGUCAGAAUCAGUGUGCCAUACACUUACCAGAAUGCAACAUGUGGCCUGUGUGGAAACUUCAAUAAUCACCCUGAGGAUGACUUUCGAACCCGCCAAGGCGAAGUUGUGAGCUCUGACGUGGUUUUUGCCAACAGCUGGCAAACAUCAGGAGACGAUGAGCCUGGUUGUGGGACGCGAUGUGGAGGUCUGAACUGUGCUGCCUGCACUGAGGCUCAGAAAUCUUUAUACAGCAACAGUGCCAAUUGUGGUUUCCUCCAGAGCAGUUCUGGACCUUUUGCUGCUUGCCAUGGACGACUUCCACCACAGACCUUUGUUGAGAGUUGUGUGUAUGAUCUGUGUGUAGGAGGAGGCUACCAACCCAUUCUGUGCCAAGCGCUAAAUGUGUAUGCAAGUCAGUGUCAAAAGAAUGGUAUACAGCUGCCCAGCUGGAGGAGACAAGGCUUCUGUGAAAUCCUCUGCCCAGCCAACAGCCACUUUGAGUCCCAAGGCACAGGAUGUCCAGCUACCUGUGUCAAUCCCAAUUCUACCUACAACUGCCCUCUCCCUCCCCAGGAGAGCUGUAUCUGCAAUCCAGGCUAUGUCCUUAGUGGUGGGGUCUGCGUGGCUCAUUCUGAAUGUGGCUGCAGCUUUGAGGGUCGCUACUACCGCUCUGGAGAAACUACAUUACUAGACGAGGACUGUGGGAGACGUUGUAGCUGCAGUUAUGGCUCCAUGACUUGCCACUCUCAUGGUUGUGGGCCACAAGAGUCUUGCAGGGUGGAGGAGGGAGAAAGAGGAUGCAGGCCUAACCGUUAUGCAACAUGUUGGAUAAGAGGCCCAGGGUCAUACCAUACAUUUGAUGGACUGACAUACCAGUAUCCUGGGGCAUGUAGAUUGACCCUUGCCAAAGUAAUGGGUUUGUCUAGUCACCCACAUUUUGUGGUGACAGCAGAAAAAGUGCCCAGAGGCCAGCAGGGUUUUGCCCGGUUGCUGAAGUUUGAAGCUGAGGGAACCCAAAUCUCCAUAGAAAUGACAGAUAGCAGCAGUGUUCAGGUUGACGGUCAGCAGAUAAGACUACCAUUCAGCUCAGCGUCCAACCAAAUCCAAAUCUACCACAGCAGCAUUCAAAGUGUCAUAGUUCGCACCUCCUUUGGUGUAACGGUGCAGAUAGUCUGGCCUCACUUUGUGCGUGUCACUGCACCUGGUAUCUACAAUUCACUGGGAGGACUCUGUGGUAAUUACAAUGGUCACCCACAAGAUGACUUCCGCACACCCAAUGGAGUCCUGGUCAACAGUUCUCAGGACUUUGGGGACAGUUGGCGAGAUGGCUCUCUCAAUGCACAAUGUGUGGAAAGUGUAAAUAAUAACUCUACAACAAAUUACAAUUCUAGUGAGUACUGUGGCAUUCUUGGCUCGCCGCAUGGGCCGUUUGCCCAGUGUUGGGCCGUGGUGGACCCACGGGAGCAUGUGAAUGCAUGUGUGGAGAUCAUUAGAGCCUCUAGAGAUCCAGCAUCAGUGCUGUGUGAAGUCCUACGAGAUUAUGCACUAAUGUGUCAACAGAACGGUGUACACCUUCAACGCUGGAGGAAUGCAACUGAAUGUGAGCCAAACUGCCCUCUAAACAGCCAUUAUGAAUUCUGUGGAACCACUUGUCCUUCCACCUGCCCCAGCCUCUCUUUCCCUUUCGCCUGUGACACUGUGUGCCAGGAGGGGUGCCAGUGUAAUGAUGGUUUUGUCCUCAAUGGCAACCAGUGCGUAACACCAAGAGCCUGUGGAUGCCAUCACCGAGGACGCUAUCGGCGCGGGGGGGAACAGUUCUGGGAUGGUGAGGAAUGUCAGAGCUUGUGUAUGUGCAAUGGCACUACUGGGGCAGUCCACUGUAUCCCCAACUCCUGUGGUCCCCAGGAGUCCUGCCGUGUGGUGGAGGGUGAGUUUGGCUGCCAUACAAACCCUCAGGGCACCUGCUCUGCAUCUGGUGACCCUCACUACCUCACCUUUGAUCACAAGGCCUAUGACUUCCAGGGAACCUGCCGCUAUGUGCUGGCGACCCUUUGUAAUGACACUGAUGGGCUCCAUGAGUUUUCAGUGGAAGCUAAGAAUGAGCCGUGGAAUGGGUUGACUGUUUCAAUCACAGCUGAAGUUUUUGUGAAAGUAUGGGGCUAUCGAGUGCAAAUGACGAGGGUGAGCCACGGUGUGGUACAGGUGAAUGGAGUAAUUAAAAACUUACCUAUUCUCUUAAAUGGAAGUCGUGUUUCUAUCUACGCAAGUGGAUCUCGCACAUAUCUCAGCACUGAUUUUGGCCUGAGUGUCAUGUACGAUGGACAGUACACAGUGUCUAUCUCUGUGCCUUCAAGUUACAGAGGAAAAACAUGUGGACUUUGUGGAAACUUCAAUGGCAAUCCAAAUGAUGAGUUCCACACCCCAUCUGGAAUGAUGGUCACCACUCCACAAGAGUUUGGGACAGCUUGGAAAGUGGCAGCCAACUACACCUGCAGUGAUGGCUGUGGCUCCUCUUGCCCACAAUGCUCCAAUGACCUACCUGCUAGAGCACAAUGUGAGAUGAUUCGGGCAGCCGACGGUCCCCUCAGCUUCUGCCAUGAGCAUGUGGACCCAGCGCCAUAUUUCAAUGACUGUGUGUUUGAUGUUUGUGUGGCUGGAAAUCAAGGCCAAGAUCUUCAGUGUAGGGCCAUUCAAACAUAUGUCAGUGCCUGUCAGUCUGCUAAUGUUCGAAUCUACCCUUGGAGACAGAACACCUGCAGACUUGACUGUCCAGCCAACAGCCAUUAUGAGCUGUGUGGUACCAGCUGUGGCCACACCUGUGCCAGCAGCAUUGAUGCCACCUGUGAGCAGGUUUGCUCUGAAGGAUGUUUCUGUAACGAGGGCUUCCUCAGGAGUGGGACAAGAUGUGUCCCUGUGGAAAGCUGUGGCUGUCAAUAUGAUGGCUUCUACUAUAGUGCUGGUGAGUCCUUCUGGACAGAGGGUUGUUCCCAGCGAUGUGAAUGCCAUGCUCCCAAUGACCUGCGCUGUUCUGCUGCAUCUUGCACUCCUGCACAAGAGUGCACCAUCAGAAAUGGUCAGUUGGGCUGUUUUGAUGCAAUGUCUUCUUGCAUUGUAUGGGGGGACCCACACUACAUCACCUUUGAUGGGGCACUGGCUCAUUUCCAGGGCACAUGCUCUUACAUCAUUACUGAGAGUGUGAGCCACGGCACCAAUGAAACACAGUUUCAGGUAGUAGCCACCAAUAAUCACCGUGGAAACAACCGUGUGUCGUUUGUGUCAGCAGUGGAUAUAUACCUCUCAAAACAACCAGAGAGAGUGUAUGUCAGGAUUGGACCCAACCAAAUAGUAAAGGUGAAUGGAAGUGAAGUGUCUCUUCCCGCCACUGUAGGAACAUUAGCUCACGUGGUAAGGCAGGGAAGCUACAUAGUGGUCGAUGCCAUUAACUUGAUAGUCCAGUUCGACGGGCAGAGUACUUUACUGGUCAGAAUAGGCCAACACUAUCAAAACAGAGUCACUGGGAUGUGUGGAAACUUCAACAGUGAUCCUGCAGAUGACAAAGUCUUGCCCAAUGGCACAUUGACACAAAAUGACAAUCAAUUUGGACACAGCUGGAAGUCACCCACAAGACAACCAGGGUGUGGAUCCACCGAUGAAAGGAGUGGCGAUGGAUUGAACAACUGUCCCUUUAUGGAAGAAUACUCUGAGCUCUGUAGUGUAAUCACCAACAGUAGCGGCCCAUUCAGAGCCUGUCACCUGCACUCUGACCCACAGCCAUUUUUCAGUUCCUGUGUCUACGAUCUCUGCCUCUACACUCCAGCCAAUGGCAUGCUGUGUUCUGCAGUGUCAGCCUAUGAGAGAACCUGCUCUGUUUUGGGGUUAAACAUCCCAGAAUGGCGCUCUGCUUUGCAAUGUGCUGAGUCAGACCCCUGUGAACAGCUGAACUGCACAGAGUACGAGUGGUGUGGUGAGAAGGACGGUGUGUACGGCUGCUUCUGUGAUGAGCACUACCAUCGGCUCAACAAUGAGAGCUAUGACUCGUCCAUCACUUGUGUCAGUAGUUCAGGCACUAUGUCCGUGUCACGCUGCCAGCUGUUUGAAGCUGGCUUCCACUCCAACGCCCUCCAUCUCCAAGAUGACUUCUGCAAUGGGACUCUCCAGAACGGACGACUGGUGUUCAACUUUAAUAAUGAUGAUCAGCUGUGUGGGACAGCUCUCAGGAGCAAUGGAACCCAUUUCAUCUAUGAGAAUGCCAUCCAGGGCAACAUGGACCCUCAUAAACGUCUAAUAAGCCGUCAGAGAAGCAUUCAUCUGCGUUUCUGCUGUGAAUACCCUCUGGCCCAGGCCCUGUCCAUGGCUGUGGGCAUCAACCCUAUAGAGAGCAUUGUGAGGAAGAAGCUUCCAGUAGGCCAUGGACAGUAUCAUAUGAGAAUGAUCCCCUACCAGGACGCUGGCUUCCGCUUCCCCCUGACCAGUAACAGGAACAUAGAAAUGGAAAUCGACCAGAGGUUGUAUGUGGAGGUGCGGACAGAAGGAGUCGACCAAAGGCAGAUCUCCACUGUUCUGGACUCUUGUUGGGCAACGCCGGUCAACCUCACCAGCUACCCCGUCCGCUGGGAUCUCAUAAAUGCAGAGUGUCCUAACCCAGCAGAUGGAACAGUAGAGAUGGUUCAGAACGGCAUCUCCACUGUGUCCCAAUUCUCCUUCAGGAUGUUCACCUUUAAGAACUUUUCAUCCAUCUACCUGCACUGCCAGGUCCACCUUUGUCUUUUAAGACACAACAACUGCACAGCUCACUGUUACCCAGGUUACCUCAGGCGCGUUCAGAGGGACGUAUCCUACCAUGCCACUACAGACAUCUCACUAGGACCACUAACCCUGAGACCACAUAGGAGAGGAAGAAUGGUGCAACCGAGCAGUGCUUCAGGCCAGUUGACCUCAUUGAUGACCCUGCUAGUCAGUUUGCUAACAGCCAAAACUCUGGUCUAGGCUGAUCAAAGGUGAUCUAUAUUGUAAAAUUACUCAACAUACCUUUGCUUUUGGAUUGUAGUUCUAUUUGAAAGGCCUUGUCCUUGAGUUGUCUUUUGUUAUUUGUAUGCAGGUGAAAAGUAGAAUUAGUUAUUGCUUUAAAACAGUAGGGGACGCCAAUGUGCAGCAUACUAAAGUCACUUGCCCUUUGUUGUAUUCACUUUGCAAGGUGUUUAUUGAUGGUAUCCUUAGUUUCUUUGUGGUGGUUCUUUUCAUUAAAUUAUAAAUUAAAGUAU